AUGGUCUUUGCUGGCACGGCGACAAUUGCUCCUAUGCUCACGGGUUCCAACUGCCAGUAUGCUCAUGGUAGAUCGGAACUCCGUUGCACUCGUGAGGUCUAUAAGACUUCACUUUGUCGCUUCUGGUUGAAAGGAAAGUGUGGGCCAGCUGUGAACUGUAGACAUGCCCAUGGGGAAGAUGAAGAUAAGACUCUUGAGUCUUAUAAUGAUAUGGGGACCGACUCCGAUGAUAUUGAUAAGUUGACAGAGAAGCUGUAUCAUCUCAUUGAUGAGCUCGCUGGCUGCCCAGAACUCAAACACAUGUCUACCUAUUUGCGCAACACGCGUACGAUGUGA